GAGUUCGAGUCCCAUAAACUCGAACAAAAAGUCAGUUCGACGAUAAAGAACUCGAACUAACACCACAUCGAGUUCUUAAAACUCGAUCAACUGUAGAACGAUUUUGAAAGAAUCGAUCAAGGUAGAUCGACGACAAAGGACUCGAUCAAUGUAGAACGACUUUGGAGAACUCGAUCCAAUUAGAUCGAUGCCAAACAACUCGAUCAAGUUAAACGACUUUAGAAGCCUCGAUCCAUAUCUGCACUAGAUCGAUGCCUUACAACUCGAACAACCUAAAUCAAUUCCUAUAGCCUCGAACCACUGGUCAAUUAUCUACAAAGUCACUUUCCCCCAACAUGCUUCAGGAUAGGGUUACAGGGAUAAGACUCUUUGUUGUACUAGAUCGAGUUCUAAGGACUCGAACUAGUGUAGUUCGAUUACCCUAGACUCGAACCACUGCUCAAUCAUUCUGUCCAAUCGCUUUCGGGCGUACAUGCUCCAUAAUAGGGUGCAGGGGUAAAAUUAUUGGUUGCCCUAGAUCGAGUUCUCUGGACACCAACUACUGUAGUUCUAGUUCUUUGGCCUCGAACCACUGCAUAAGUUUACGAGGAUAAAAAUCAAGCACUUAGCACAUUCUGGCAGCUCUUAUACUUUCUAUCUUCUUUCUUCCAAACACAAACUGCAACAGCUGGAGCACCAUAACUUAGCAAAGAAGAAAAAAUUUGGAGGUAAAUUCUGCUUACGUUGUUUGAAUAAGCAUAUUAGAAUUGUGGAUUAAUUUAGUAUUGUUUGAACUGUAUGUAAUGACCUGCUUCUAUAAACUGCAGAAAUGGGUAGACAAUUUCGAAAAUUCGACCUAUUGAUUCGGUGGAAUGGUCGAAUUACACAUUUUCAUAAUAGUGUUGACUACGAAGAUGGUGAAUGAAGUACUGUCUGGAUUGAGAGCAUAUUUACUUGGAAAGAACUCAGACAUAUUUGUGCGGAAUGAUGUUGCAUAGGAGGGCGAAGAGUAUGAAACAUGACUUACCGUAUGACGGUUUACAAGGAUUAUGCACUUGUAUACGAAGGAUCAGUUCUGUCUGACGAUGAUGACAUUAAUAUGAUGGUGAGAUUUAUUGCAAAAAACAUAUUUCCAACUGCUGAGGUGUAUGUCGAGACAGAAGUUGUUGGCCAAUAUGGUAGCGGCGGUUAUACCGAACAAGGUGAAGGAUCGGGAGGGUUUUCCGGUUCAAGAGAUUUCAGAGUUCUGCAUGAUGCACCAUGGACAACAUAUGAGGAUCGAACUGCACCUGGUUCAUUGGUGGAACAUGACGGACAUGAGUGGCCAGUAUGGGGUGAAGAAUGGGAUUGCAUAAAGGCACCCAGACAAGCAUCUACACCAGCAUCUGGCAUAAAAAAUGAUUUGUAUGUGGAUAAACCAAGUCCUCCGUACACUAGCGAAGAAAACGACGUGGAAGAUGAAGAUUUAGAAUCAAUGAGUAGUUCAGAUGGUGAAGAUUUGGAAGUUGAUGAGGGGGAAUUUGAGCCCCCCACACCUCACUACACGAUGGUGCCACAACAUCCUCUAUAUGCUCACAACGAUGAUUCUGACCUCCCUCCUAUACCUAUCUGGACUCCUGAUUCUGGAUUCGUGGUUGGCCAAACAUUUGGAGGAAAGCCUCAGGUGGUCGAUGCAUUGAAAGAAACUGCUUUGCGAAGAAGUUUUCAAUAUCGUGUCAUCACUUCCGACACUAAACAAAUUCAUGUUUGUUGCGAGAACCAUGGUGACGGAUGCAUGUGGCAUGUUCGGGCGGCAUAUGUUAAAAGAAAUGGGGUUUGGCUCAUUCGUAAGAAUGACAACAACCACACUUGUAGGUCGUCACUGAUUUCUCUAGAUCACCGACAAUUGAGUGCAAGGAAGGUUGCACAAACAAUCAAACAUCUGAUUGAGGCACAACCUGGGAUCACCGUACAGAGUGUCAUAAACAAGGAAGGUUCACUCUCCAACGUCAUUGAUGCAAGUUCCAAUCCAUCAACCUAAAUAAUAAACAUGUUAGUCAAACACUCUUUGUGUAGCUAAAGUGAUUAUAGUAAAUAGAUAUUGCGCUU